GGUCUGUCAUUUUAUCUCGGAUCGUCGACGUCGUCGUCGCGAGAGCCUUUAAGUAAGUCAUCAGAAUUAUUCAACAGUGGCGUUUAUAAUUUUAAAAAUCCGAACUCGAAGAAGAAAAAUUAAAAAGAAGAAAUAGAUAAGUGGAAAUAUUUUUCAAAACGGGUAACAAAAUGAUGCGAAUUCUACAACAGCAGGCGGGAAAUGGGUCGAAGAUUUCCUCUGUUAAAGAUUUGGUGCGAUUGUCUUUCAAUAGAUGGCGACAUCAAGGAAAGGUGAUUGCAAUUCGUCGUGAGGAUCAAUCAGUAUGGGAACGACGAGCUCCAUUUGGACCAUCCCAUGUCCAGAAGUUGGUGAAACAAGGAGUUAAAGUGAUUGUUCAGCCAUCGAACAGGCGGGCUUAUCCUAUGCAGGCAUACUUGAGCUCCGGUGCUGUUAUCCAGGAGGACAUUAGUGAAGCGUCCGUCAUUUUUGGCGUAAAGCAAGUUCCUGUCGAAUCGCUGAUUCCGGGAAAAACCUACUGCUUCUUUUCGCACACAAUUAAAGCCCAGGAAUCAAAUAUGCCCCUUUUGGAUGCUGUUUUGGAGAAGAAAAUAAGGCUUAUCGAUUACGAGCGAAUUGUCAAUGAAAACGGAUCUCGUCAGGUUGCGUUUGGCAAAUAUGCCGGCAUUGCUGGGAUGGUUAAUAUAUUGCAUGGAAUCGGAUUGAGAUUAUUGGCGCUGGGCCAUCAUACACCCUUUAUGCAUAUUGGACCAGCCCACAACUAUAGGAAUUCGUCGAUGGCACGCCAGGCAAUUCGUGAUUGUGGUUAUGAGAUUGCAUUGGGAAUGAUGCCACGGUCGAUUGGACCAUUGACGUUUGUAUUCACGGGGUCGGGUAAUGUUUCGCAAGGUGCUCAGGAAGUUUUUCAAGAGCUGCCAAUUGAAUAUGUUCCACCAGAGACUCUGAGGAAGGUUGCCGAACAUGGAAGUCAAAAUAAGCUUUAUGGAUGUGAAGUAAGUCGUUCAGAUCAUUUGGAACGCCGCGAAGGAGGAGGCUUUGAUCAUCAGGAAUACGACGAGUUUCCUGAACGGUACAUAUCGACUUUCAACAAAACCAUAGCUCCUUAUGCCUCUGUUAUCAUAAAUGGAAUUUACUGGGCUGUGGGAAGUCCAAAGCUCAUUUCCAUUCCCGACGCCAAAACUCUGCUUCGACCAGCGAACACUCCAUGGUUACCAACAAGCAAGGGUUCACCAUCAUUGCCUCAUCGGAUGUUGGCAAUUUGUGAUAUCUCAGCUGAUCCAGGCGGUUCCAUUGAGUUUAUGAACGAAUGUACAACAAUUGACACACCAUUUUGCUUGUACGAUGCCGAUAGGAAUAAGGACACCAAGAGUUUCAAGGGACCUGGAGUACUGGUGUGCUCGAUUGAUAAUAUGCCAACACAGCUACCUCGUGAGUCAACAGAUCUCUUCGGAGAACUUCUCCAGCCAUAUGUUCAUGAUAUCAUAAGAAGUGACGCUAAGAAACCAUUGGAAGAGGAGAACUUCCCGACACCUAUUCACUCAGCUAUAAUUGCUAGCAAUGGAAAGCUCACAGAGGGCUAUGAGUACAUCCAAGAGUUGAGGGAUAGUAAUGCGAUGAAAUCCCGUCAUAAGGUCGAAGGAAGUCAGGAAUACCACAAACGGAUUCUAGUCCUAGGAGCUGGCAUGGUUUCGGCCCCACUGGUUGAAUGGCUUCAUCGUGAAAAAGGUCUAUCGAUCACUGUUGCUUCUCAGGUUAAAGAUGAAGCUGAUCGACUUGCUCAAAACUAUCCAGGGGUGGAAAGUCAAUACAUCAAUGUCACCGAGAGUACGGCGCACCUCCAAGAACUAUGUGGAAAGGCUGAUGUUGUCAUAUCCCUCCUUCCGUACAGCCUUCAUGGAAUUAUUGCUCGCUAUUGUGUGGAGGAAAAAACUCACAUGGUAACUGCCAGUUAUUUGAACGAUGAAAUCAAGGAACUCCACGAAGAAGCCAAGAAGAACGGAGUGACAAUCAUGAAUGAAGUUGGUCUUGACCCAGGUAUUGAUCACUUACUAGCUCUCGAGUGCAUUCACGAUGUGCAAGAACAUGGUGGAGUUAUUGAAUCCUUCGUCAGUUUCUGUGGUGGAUUGCCAGCUCCUGAACACUCAGACAAUGCUCUGAGGUAUAAAUUUUCAUGGUCCCCACGAGGUGUCCUUUUGAACACACUUUCCGCUGCAAAAUACCUGAACAAGGGACAAAUCGUAGAGAUCUCUGGAGGUGGCGAUCUAAUGUCAAACCCAAAAAGUCUCGAAUUCCUGCCAGGAUUUGCCCUCGAAGGCUUCCCCAACAGAGAUUCCACUAAAUACUCCGAGCUCUAUGGUCUUGGUAGAGAUAUUCACACUUUGGUUAGGGGAACAAUUCGUUACAAGGGCUUCUCAGAAUGCAUUCAACCAAUGCAACUUCUGGGACUUAUUGAUCCCGAACCACAUCCAAUGUUACACCCUGGAGGACCCGAAGUGACUUGGAGGCAAUUGGUCAUAAAUCUCCUAGGAUUGGCAGACUCGAGUAUUUUCUACGAAAAUCUUAAACAAAAACUAGUUGAUCGUGUGGGAAAUGCUGAUGGAAUUGAGAGCUUGGGACUGUUAGAUGAUACUCCGGUAGUUAAGUUAAAUACACCUUUGGACACUUUGAGUCAUUAUCUUUCAAAGAAGUUGCAAUUUGAAACUUCCGAACGUGAUUUGGUGAUUCUUCGACACGAAAUUGGUGUCCGUUGGAAUGAUGGACGUCGCGAAGAACGUGGUAUUAACUUUGUGGCUUAUGGACAACCAAAUGGACAUUCAGCGAUGGCAAUGACUGUUGGAACGCCUGCAGCUAUUGCUGCUAAAAUGAUUUUAGAUGGUGAAAUUCAAGAAAGAGGUGUCAUCUUGCCAUUCACCCCUGACAUCUAUAGACCAAUGUUAUCACGACUGAGGCAAGUUGGACUGACAGCUACUGAAACUUCAAGAUGGCUGAAUUAACCAAAAAUAACAACUUUUAAGAUUUAAAGCAAUAAUUUUGAUUUUUAUGAAUUUAAUGUUAGUUUUGUUUAUUGUUUAAGCUUUCGUAUUUAACUUAUUUGUAAUGUUGGAGUUUUCAAGAAAUGAGAACGAAAUUUUGUA